AUGUCGCCAUUGAUGCUGCUCUACUGGUGGAGUCGCGCAACAUCUUUUGGCUUAUCAAGUGCAGCUCUUGUUCUAGAAAUCGUCAGACAGGCUGUGUCUGACUUCUCGGAUCUUCGAGUUCGUUUCUCGUCAUCCACAGGCUCAGGCAGCGGAACGACGUCAUCGUACAUGUGGUCACCGUUCGAAGAGCUUGUUGAGGCGGUGCUGCUAGCCCUCGCGGCUUUUUCCUUCCACUCUCUGCAAUGUCUCGCGACCUUCCGCAUCAGCUUCAGACCAUGGAGACAAUCGAAAGCCGCAAAGUGGAAUGAGCUACAUCAGAGAAUUCCAGCUACUGCUGGUCUCUUGGGACGACGUAAGCCGCUUGAGUCGGAAAAAGGAGUCGAGAAGCUAGACGUCUCCAACACGCAAGCUGUAUCCCUCGCGCUUGGUUUGCUGCUGCUACACGCGAUCGUUGGCAACAUCGAUUUCGCCCAAGCCAUACAUCAUCCGGAAGGACUUCCCACAUCAGAGCUGACAUCACAAGUCAGCGGCCAUUUUAGCAACACCGCCGCGCGAGAAGCUUGGCCGUGGAGACUGGAGUUGCUAUCUACGUCUUGCGUAGAGGCCGCGAUGAUAUCUCCAUUGUUGCUCAAUACCAAGACCGCUACCUACAAUGGUUCCUUUCGGAUUGUGUCCGUUUCAAAGGCUGUGCAUCUGCUUCUGAAUUGGCUGUAUUCGGCGCUUGCCAGCAAGAGAAGUGUACCGUAUACCACGAGGUGCCUCCUCUCUGAUGGCAUCAUUCUGCUCGAAUGCGUCCAAGCUGUAGCGUACAGAGGAGUAGGCCAGGAGUUGGUCGGUGCCUGGCUCAAGUCGCGCGGACGCAUUGCACCGGUUGAUGCUGCAGCUCAAGCUCGAUGA